UUCGGACGUCGUAGUCGCACGGCAAUCGGACUUGAACAGGGCGGAACAUGGAAAGCGAACGAAAACAUACAAACUCUGUGCGCCACAACUAACUCUAGGAGUAGUCGAGAGCAACGUUGAGUGAUUUGAGUGUGCGGCCUGAAACAGUCCAGCAGUUCAGUAAAAUGUCUGUAUACAUAAACCGGUGAGCUGAGCUGGACUCGGAAUUGUUCUACUUUGUUCUGAUUCUACACAUCGAGCGAAGCUGUACGACGACGCAUGUGCGUUCAUCACGUACCGGCCACGUUGUUUGCUGCUUCGAUCCAAUCCCGUAAUCAACGUCGUCGUCGUCGUUUGAUGCUGAUGGAAGUGUAUUUUUAACCUCGCUUGCUCUCUGCUUCGGUUUCAAUAUUAUUGUACAGUAAAAUGUCGGAAAAGAAGAAAAUGAACAAGAAGCAAGCACGCUGGGAAAAGCAAAAUGGCGCUGCCCCAAGUCACGACUUGGAUUCGAUCGCUGGUUGCCGCCUAUCAACACUUCAUUCCGUUCGCCUUUCUCCGUCGUACAGCAGUGACUUGACGGACGGGUGAACCCGCGAAACGGUCGGAUUCUGGACUUCUCAUCACCAUGGCCUUUCAAUCGAGUGCAGUUGCUAGGAAAACCACGAAACAGGACCUCGGCGCUAUCAUCGGCAUGAUCCAGGAGCUGGCCGACUUUGAAAAAAUGUCCGACGGCCCUCGGCUCACCGUGGAGGACCUCGCCCGGGACGGUGGAUUCGACGAUCAAGGACCGUCUUCGCCGGUGUUCCAGAGCUUUGUGCUCGAACUCACGGAACGCGCAGUCGAGACGACUGCCGCCAGCAAAGAAACAUCAACGUCAUCGACGAUCGCUAGCAGCGGUGACCUUUCGACCCGCACCAAACUAAUUGGCUACGCAAUCUUCUUCUACUCGUACUCCACGUGGCGGGGCAAGUCCCUCUUUCUGGAGGACAUUUACGUUAAGCCGGAACAUCGCGGCCACGGGCACGGCGAAGUGCUGUUCAAGGCUGUGGUGGAGCACGCGCGCGAAAAUGGAUGCGCCCGGUUCGAUUUCCACGUGCUGGGCUGGAAUCCGGCGAAAAAGUUCUACGCCCGAAUGGGGGCGGAAAAUUUAACCGAAACGGAGCAGUGGGAGUUUUUCCGGCUGACGAGGGAUAAAAUGGAUCGGCUGUGUGAGGGUUAGGGUGGUCGGAUUGUUACACACUGUCGAUUUUAUUGAUAAUAAACGGAACCGAAUAAGAGUAGUUCUCUACAA